AGCACUCAAAACUUGUAAAUUCUCAACCAACAAACUCAAACUUCUCUAAACUUAAAGAAAAUGGCAUCCAAAGUCAUGAAUAUUCUAUCUCUAAUCAUAGUUAUAAUUGCCCUAUUUUGGAAUAAGGGUGAAGCUCAAUCAAAUUGUAUGACUACAUUAGUUGGAUUAGCACCAUGUAUGAAUUAUGUUACUGGAAAUUCAUCCACUCCAUCUUCAACUUGCUGUACAGCCCUGUCUAGUGUUGUUCAAUCCAAUCCUCAAUGCCUUUGCUCUUUGGUUAAUGGAGGUGGUUCUGGUCUUGGAAUUGCUAUAAAUCAAACUCUUGCUCUAGCCUUACCUGCUGCUUGUAAUGUACAAACUCCUCCACUUAGUCGAUGCAAUGCAGCAAAUGGACCAAGUGCUUCAGUUCCAGCAAGUUCACCGUCAGGUUCCCCUGCUCCAACUGGUUCAUCUGAUGAAACACCAGAAAUCCCAGCAACUCCAUCAGGAUCAGGUUCAACAGGGUCCAAGACAGAUACUUCAAGAAAUGGAUCAUCAAAUGCAGGAAGCAGCAGCAACAUCAAAAUUUCUUUUACUUUAAUGGGAUUUGUACUCUUCAUUGUAUCAAGUGUUUUGGCUUAGCUUGAUUGGAGUUCAAUUUUCUGUCUCUUUCUAGCUCAAGGAGACUCAUUUUUUUUGCUAUUGAAACAUUGUUGUUGUUUAUGUCACCCUUUUUUUUGGGUCUAGUGUGAUUUGUUGCAAUUUAGUAGCUAUUUCUUUUUUGAUUUA